CCUCUACAAGUGUUGAAACUUGGCUUUUCCUUCUUCCUUUUUUGAUUCUCCUCUUUUUGAUCAAUCUCCGGCGCCAUGGCUCCCAAUCAGUUUCCUUUCCCAUCAGUUUCGGCGCCAUGGCUCCCAAUGACGAUGAAUCUGUGAAGCUCUUCCUCAGCAUCGGUCUGGACGAGAAAACCGCCACCACUACCAUCAACAACCCCAAGGUCACCGCUAAUCUCACCGCCAUUAUCCACGAGACUGGUGUAACUGAUGGAUGCGAUCGAACUACUGGAAAUCUGUUGUACACGUUUCGUUUUUUGACAAUCACGCUCCUGAGAACUUCAAGUUAAAUGAAUUUGAGGAGGCAUGUAGUGUUGGGGUUGAAGUUUCUGCAGAAGAUAUUGAGAAAGCAGCUGAUGAAGUUUUUGAAAAGAAUAAGAAAACAAUAGUGGAGCAGCGCUACCGAACUAAUGUGGGUCAAUUGCUUGGACAUGUCCGGAAAAGUUUGCCAUGGGCAGAUCCUAAGAUUGUAAAGGACGUCAUAGACAGAAAAAUGUAUGAACUGCAAACUGCUGCUGAUAAUGAACAAAGUUCACUUGAUGAGCAAGAAACUGAAUAAAUCUUUUAGGUUAUACUAAUCUUUGUUUUUUUUUUUUUUUUUUAUAAAUCUAUGUUUAAAAUGUUAUGUUUAAGAAUUUAAUAAAUAAAUUUGAAAUUUAAUAA